AUGUCCAACAACGGAAACUACACGUGCGUCCCCGCCAUCAAAUGGCUGAUCAGAAACCUCCGCAACGAUAACGCCGAAGCCGACGGAAUCGCCACGUGGAAUGCGAUCCUGAAUCUGCGAUUCCCAUCUACACAAGGCUUCUUCAUUCGCCCAUACAUCCACUGCGGUUUGCGUGGAUGUCCAGGCUGGUUCGAGCUUCAAAUUUCCCAUUUGAAAGACGGCCGCCAGGAUCCAGUUCUUGUGCUGUACUAUCAGCGCGCUGAUAGGCAGAAUGAUGACCAGUGGGAAAAUGGACAGAGAGAGCUACAGCUGUAUCUUGCGUUUCGGUAUCGGAACUUCGCAGAAGAUGCGGCACCUAUCUAUGGCAUCCUUGCAAUUGGUGCCAAGUUGAAGAUCUUCCAGUACGAUAAUCCCUCCCGGAGCAUUGAGCGGUUUGUUCCGCCUUGGGAUUUGGAGCGUCAUGAUGAGCAGGUUUGGAAUAUGCUCAGGAAAAUUAGCAGGAACCACACUUCUGGUGGUGUCUGUGAAACGAGAGGCAUCAAGGCCGAGUCAAGUGGACAUGGUAAUGAGGGACCGAAGAAUGUUCUGAGGGAGACUUAG